UGUGAAAAAAUUUGCUGUUGCUCCCUGUUUAUUGCUCUUCAGUUUAUCCGGAAUCCAUGUAAAGAGAAAGAUGCAGAUCUACCCUAAGGUCCAGCAAUAGGGAAAACCUCCAAGAGCCUAAUAAGUAGCAGCUUCUAAUAAGUCAAUGAGGUCCCCACCUACCAUAGUCCCUCCCCAUGUGCCACUAACCAGUACCUUGGCAUGCUAGGAAAACCUCCCCUAAGGUCUUUGCCCUGGGUCCAGAGUCUGUACCCUACCUACAUAUGGCACCGAGAGUACCUGAAGGCCACAUGGCACAGACAUCUCUUGUGUUCCAGUACUGAGGACUACAAUCUCCUAACUCUUGGCAGUUCCUGAGAUCACAAGAAAAGCAGGGUCAGUGUGAAGGCUUGGAGAGAGGCAUCCCACACCAUAUUUUGUGCCCUGCUUAUGACAUUCUGCCUAAGAGAAACAGGAGUCUGUAGCAGUUAGCCUAAGAUUUGAAGCCAUGGCCAGUGUCAAGGAAGAUGAGUCAAGAAACUGUGCGGUAUGUGGGGAUCGAGCCACAGGCUAUCAUUUCCAUGCUCUGACUUGUGAGGGCUGCAAGGGUUUCUUCAGACGAACAAUGAGCAAAAGCAUUGGUCCCAUCUGUCCAUUUGCUGGAAGCUGUGUGGUCAGCAAGGCCCAGAGACGCCACUGCCCAGCCUGUAGAUUGCAGAAGUGUCUAAAUGCUGGCAUGAGAAAAGACAUGAUAAUGUCAGCAGAAGCCCUGGCAUUGCGGCGAGCAAGACAGGCACAGCGACGGGCACAGCAAGCAUCCAUGCAAUUGAGUCAGGAGCAGAAAGACCUGGUCCAGAAUCUCCUGGAAGCCCACACUCGCCACAUGGGCACCAUGUUUGAUCAAUUUGUGCACUUCAAGCCCCCAGCUUACCUGUUUUUAAUACAUCAUGGGCCUUUGACUCCUCUGUUCCCUGUGCUGCCUCUGCUCGAACACUUUGCAGACAUCAACACGUUCAUGAUACAGCAAAUUGUCAAGUUCACCAAGGAUCUGCCCCUUUUCCGGUCCCUACCCAUGGAGGACCAAAUUUCCCUUCUCAAAGGAGCAGCUCUGGAAAUAUUGCACAUCAUACUCAAUACCACUUUCUGUCUCCAAACACAACACUUCUUCUGUGGGCCUCUUUGCUACACAAUGGAAGAUGGAGUCCAUGUAGGAUUUCAGAAUGAGUUUCUGGAGUCGAUCAUUCACUUCCAUGAGACACUGAAACGACUACAGCUCCAGGAGUCCGAGUAUGUGCUCAUGGCUGCCAUGGCCCUCUUCUCUCCUGACAGGCCUGGAGUUACCCAGAGAGAAGAGAUUGAUCAGCUACAAGAGGAGAUGGCACUGAUUUUGAACAACUACAUCAAGGAACAGCAGCAGCCAAGGCCCCAAAGUCGGUUUCUGUAUGCAAAGCUGAUGAGCCUAUUGGCUGAGCUCCGGAGUAUUAACAAUGCGUACGCAGACCAAAUCCAGUAUGUCCAAGGACUAUCUGCUCUGAUGCCACUGCUUAAAGAGAUCUGCAGCUGAGACCCUGGCUUGUCUCCUUUCCUAGACCACCUAGGA